AGAGGUUUUAGACAAUUUCUUUCAGUUCCGAAAGUUCGAGAUGAGAGAUUGGGGGCGAACUCAGUGAAGCGAAAUCUGCAAUGGAGAAGUGUUUGCCCAGCGUUCCAUCGCGGAAGCGAUCGCGAUCAGUUGUUCAACCUAUGGAACAAUCCGAUUUCUUGCCCCGUAGUGGCCGGGAAGUUAUCGGGUCGGGCAUAGGUCAGAUGGCAACGCAAAUUCAUGCCAUUUCGAGUAGUUUCGAACUCGAGGGAGAAAAGCCAGAAGAAAGGACCAAAAUUGACCGUCGCACGCGAAUUUCUUUGAAGAAUUCUAGGAGGACUGGCGUGCGGACAAAUACUCCUGCUAGGUCAUCUGAGUGUAUGGGUGGGGAUAGGGAAGAAUUGAGACUUCCAAUUAAUGUUGCAGCUCAAGAUGAAGAGCAAACACUAUCUAUUGGUCUUGAUGGUUGGGAGAAGUCAAAAAUGAAAAAGAAGCAAUCUCGGAUAAAGUCAGAUGCAUCUCCUAGCAUGAUGACAAUAAAACCUACAAAUCGCUCCAGGGAACUGAAACAAGAUGUGCAGCCAAGACUUCCCGCUGAUGUUCAGUUAAGGUUGAAUGGUGUCCGUGGGUUCAGUCUGACCAUGUGGUGGUUGUGUUUUAUCUACCAUUAUCUUACAACUUACAGGAAAAAGGUCAGGAAUGAUUUCAGUUCUGCUAGCCGCAUAUCAAAUACAAAAAUGAAUUCAAAUGAUAGGGCUCCAGAAACCGGGUCACAUGUCUUGCACAAGUUGUCCCAGGUUCUUCAGCAAACUACUGCUAUUAAUGACUGGGAGCUCUCUCGUUGUACGCUCAAGCUCCCUGCUGCCAUUGCUGCUAACAACCGCAGGCAAAUGCCAUCACUGUGGUCUUCUUCACCUCCAGUUGGGAACUGGGCUCAAAAGAUUUCCUGCACUGCCAGGAGAAGAAAUUUUGUUCCUGUAGUUUCAAAUGAUGAUAAUUCCCCUGUUUUUGAUGCCAUAUCUGAUGUUGCUGGUAAAGAAAAUGGGUCAGGUUUACAGAGGAGGUUGUCCAGGAAUUCUCUGGGGCGAGUGUACACCAAAGCUGACCAAUUUCCUGCUGCUGCAUCUUCAGAAAGUGAGGAAUUGGAGGGUGCUGAAGUAAAAUAUCUGGGUAAGGACAAAAAGACUGAUGAGUUGGAGGAGAUGGCCAGUCAUAACAUGCAGAAGGUUUCAUCCAUGGUGUUGCCACUAAGAAAGAAUAAAUUUCUCUCUGGGGAUGAGCUUGGGGGCAGUGUUGGUUGGACAGGGAGGGCUACGCAAGGUUUUGCAUCCACAAGAUCUCUCAUGCCAAUGGUAGCUGAAAAGCUAGGUAAUUCAGGAACAGCCACACAACUCAGAAGUGUUGGGCUUGGUUUUUACAAGAUUAAAAGGAAAGUAAGUCGUCAACUAACCCACAAACUUUCUGAAUGUAAGGCUUAUACACAUCAGCGUGCUACAACCAAUGCCGCAACCUAUUUUCGUGGUGAUGAUGAGCGUGAAGAGCUAUUGGUUGCUGCAGCUUCUGUCCUUAAUUCUGCUCAUAACUUUUCCAGUCCAUUCUGGAGGCAGAUGGAGCCAUACUUCAGUUUUAUAUCAGAUGUAGACAUAGCUUAUUUAAAGCAACAGGAAUAUCUUGUGCCCACUUCACAAGAACCGACAUCUGUACCACCAGUCAUUGACAGUUCGGAUAGCAUUACUAAUGAAUUUGGGUUGAUUGAGCCUGAAAGAGAUUUCAAUAAUACCAAAAAAGUUGUCCCUGAUCGUUUGGCACCAGGAACUAUGAAUAAAGAAAUUCCCCUCUGCCAGAGACUCAUUGCAGCUCUAAUUUUAGAAGAAGGGAUUGAAGAGCAGCCCUACAGCAGAAAUGAAGACCUGGAGUUUGAUGUUCAUGGAACUGAACAUGAGCUGGACGCAUUAGCAUACUGUACAUUGAAUCUCUGGGUGUCAGGGAAAUGUCAGCGCUCUAGAGAUGCUGAUUUGAGUGGUUGUGGGUUAACUGUGAAAGGGAGAUCCCUUAAUGAGUUUGAGCACAACAUGCUAGAUGCUGACAUAAUGGCCACACCAGAGAAAAGGACUCGUGCAAAUUUGGAAUGUUUACAAACUGGUGUACUUUCUGAUCAAGCAUUGUCAUCUAAUAUGGCCUGUUCUGAGUUUCAGUAUGGUAAGCUGUCCAUAAAUGAAAGAGCUAUUCUGGAGAUGCAAAGUGUUGGACUUUAUCCAGAGCCAUUGCCUGAUCUACUGCGAGUGGAGGAUGAAAAAAUUAGCAACAAUAUCUGUAAGCUCAAGGACAAGUAUCAUGAACAGGUUACCAAGAAGAAAGCAUUCGUUGGCAAACUGCUAAGCUCUGCUCUGGGGACAAGGGCUUGUCAAGAAAAGGAAUUCGAGCAUUCUGCUCUUAACAAGCUUCUAGUUUUUGCUUAUGAAAAGUAUAAGGCUUGUUGGGGUCCUAAAGCUUCUGGGGCAAAGGGUGCCAGUAGUAAGAUGGCCAAACAAGCAGCUUCAGCAUUUGUUAAACGAACAUUAGGAAGAUGCCAAAAAUUUGAAACUACAGGCAAGAGCUGCUUCAGUGAGCCCUUAUAUAGGGAUAUGUUCCUCUCUGGUUUGUCCCACCUCCAUCAUGGUAAAUCAUUGGAUUCUACUGCCGAUGAUGAAUCUAGCAAACAAUAUGGCAACACAUUUGGUUGUUCCUUGGAAGGGCUAGUUUCAGGUUCAAUGGUUACACAGCAAAGUGCCUCUCUCAACAAUAAUCAUGGUUAUUCCUCUAAUGAUCUCAUUUCUGCAAACCAUUCAUCUGAAAGAACAAUUGCUAUGGAUGAUACUUGGUCAAAUGAAGCAAAGAAAAGGGAGUUGUUGCUCAAUGUUGUUUCCGGUGUUGGAGGUUCUCCUUCACACACUGCAAAAAGGAAGAGAGGUGAGAGGGAUAAGGAGGAAAAGGGAAAAAACAACAGAGAGUUGUUAUCUGAAAAUGGAACGACCGAAAUUGGUCAGCUGGUAUCAGGCAGUAUUAAAGGGGAAAGAAAGUCUAAAGCAAAACCUAAGAAAUUAUCUGCUUCUGUCAGUAGCCUACUCGACAAGCAACCUGAAGCUAUAUUUAGAGUUCCAAAGUCAAGUGAGACGACUACAAGCGGCAGUGUUAAGGAAAGGGAUGGGUUUGGACUGGAUGAUGCUGAGGCCUUUGAUAUUCUUGGUGUUCAAGGCCAGGACAUUCAAUCAUGGUUGAACAUUGAUGAUGAUGAUGAUGGAGGAUUACAAGAUCAGGAGAAUUGCACAGGCCUUGAAAUUCCAAUGGAUGACCUAGCAGAUUUAAAUCUGGUGGUUUAAAGUUGCUUUCUCCUUCUAUUCCUCCUCCUAUACCUCUGUUAAUUAUAGUGAAACAGAAUUUUGUUCGACUAUCCAGUGCAUAGUUAGGUUAUAUAGAAGGAUUUUGAGUAAAUCUAUAGGAAGUUUCGCCAAUGAUGCCUUGGCUCGAAGGCAAGGUAGAGGCCCUGGAACCGUUUGGUUGCUGGUUUAAUUGUUGCUGUUGUAGGGUUUUCUCCAUCUUGUUGGCUUGCUUUUAUUUGUAUUUGAUAUAUUGAAGAUUUGUAAUUUGGUGUUUCAAUUGGUUGUAUAUAUUUAGCCGAGUGGUUGACUUGUAAUUCAUUGAAGUUUCAAUUGGGUAUAUUCAAUUUGAUAUGUAAUUGCCAUGUA